AUGGAACUGCAGAAAAUGGCCCAGAUCACGGUGCGCGGCAGGAACCCGGGCUACGAGCGAGAAAUUCGACGCCAGGUUCGGAAAAUAGAACUCGGCUACUUUCUCCUCGGCUACGAAGGUGAGAUCUGCUCGUCGGACUCCUUAGUGGACCGUAUGGAGGAUGCCGAUGUUGUGGACAAUCUGGCGAAGGUCUUGCGGAGAAUAUGCGACGAGCCAGAGGAGUUUUCCUUCCGCAGCCUGAACUUAGUCGACGACGAGUUCAGGGACAACCUGGGGGCCAACGAGGAGGCGCAGCAGUUCCUGGAAGAGCUAGGAUUCGAGCUGAUCGAGGAGGGUCCUCAGUCGUUUAUGGUUUUCAUGCAGGAGCAGGUGGAAGGCUUGCGAGGAGCCUUGAAAGAUGUAGAGGCCCGGUUGAAAAAACUCGGCGUCAACCCUGCUGUAGAGAGCAAUGCCUGCAACAUGGCUGCUGACAACAACCUUGUCGAGUCCAAUGACGUGGUUGAGUGCAACAACGUUGAGUCGAAUGACGUUAGCUCUAAAGCUGAGCUGGGCUCCGGGAAUGUCCCAACGAAGGACACGGAGAGCCGAAGCCAACUGCAGGAG